AUGAAAUCAGAUGUAACAGUAACAAAUGAUUGGGUUUAUCGUCGAUUUUUUCUUUCGAAUAUUGAUUCAGCACCUCGCCUAUUCUGUUUUAAUACAUCCGAUGGUUUUACUUUUGGGCAAAUUAAUCUAGAUAACGAUGAACUUGUGUGUGAAUCAGUUGACACAAAUCAUUUUGGCUUUCAAAUCAAUCACUUAUGUUGGCUUUCAAACACUGUCUAUCGACCUUCUCGUAAACAGAUUAAAAUUGGUUUAACAACUUUGCCAACAUUGAACCGAAGACAACAAGCGUCAUUAAUUUAUCAGAAUGAAAAUAAGGAUUCAGUACAAAAUCUAAAAUGGCUAGAUGAAACAGUACGUUUAACAACUUCAUCCAUUGAUUAUAACAAAUCUUUUGAUCAAAUCUCAACUAGUCAUUUAAAUGGAACAGUUAAAAUUUAUAACGCAUCUCAAUAUAGUUUAUCAUAUCAAUUCGUAUUUUCUAAUCAUGGAGUGCUUCAUCAAUUAAAAUGGAAUCCUACUGAAUCUAAUCUUCUCCUUCUUGCUCAUCAAAGUCGACUAAAUAUUUUUGACUUUGAACAUAAAACAAUUGGAUUAACGUUAAAUUAUGACGGAAAAGAACAUUUAGCCGAUUGUACAUGGAUAACAAAUGAUAUUAUUAUUGGUCGACAUCGACAACAGAUACUUAUUUGGGAUAAACGAGCAAGUCGAGAACCAAUUCGAAAUGAAAUAUUAGAUCCAUUUGGACAAUUAGAAAAAUUGAAAUGUAGUUUAGCAUCACCUAAUCAUUUAAUAUCAACUUAUGAUGCACGUCUUGCUAAAAUAAAAAUUUAUGAUAUUCGUUUUUUGACUAUGAGACAAGUUGAAUCUUUUGAUAAUAUAUCAUCGUCAUUUCUUGAUUAUCAUUGGACAAUAAAUAAAAUGGCUAUUGUUGUUGCUACACAUCAAGGUUUAUUACAUUGGAUUGAUGUUAAUAUACCAUUAAAUUCAAAAAUAUUCAAAUAA